UCUAAAAAAAGCGCGCCAAAAACCAAAGCCUUGACAGAAUCAUCAACAUCUUGUUGGAGCCAUAUCACGAAAAUUUGAUUUUGACCCUAGCCAAGACUAAUGAGAGCUACGCGUGGAACCAUCUAAAUUCUACCUCGUUAACUGCAUAUUAUUUCAGUAACAUUACAGUGAACCGUUAUUAACUAAGUUUCUCAAGACUCCUGACAGUUGUAGAUCACUGCGAAGGCGAUAUUGGCAGGAGCUAAAAUGGGUGACUUGACUGAUUUCGAAGAACUGAUAGCCCUACACAAAUAUUUUCUUUCCGACUCUCAAAAAAGUUCGCAAGAACCUUUAAAUGAUGUCUUAGAUAGAAUGUGUGAAAUUAUAGACGAUAGUAAUUUAACAAUGGAAUAUGAUAUUAACAUGAAUGAAACAAGUGACAAUCCCAAUGUAAAUACAACUUAUGUAAACGAAUUAGAAAGUAUUUCAGUACUUAAAGACAUUGGUAAGGAUACUGUAGAUAUAGUAAAUAAAGAUAAAAUAAAUGAUUAUAGUAAUAAUAACGCUAAUGAACAAAAAUAUAACGAUGAAGUUAGCACUUCUAACAUUUUAGAAGAAUUCGAAAGUAUUUUAGCAGCUAAAGCCAUGGGAAACGAAAUAGUUACAAAAGAUGAAUCUAUCGAUAUGGAAGAGUUCAAAGAUAUUUUAGGCGAUAAUAGUUGCUUUGGCGACGGUGUUAUAAGCGAUGAAAGUGAAAUCAACGAUAUUGACAGAAAUGAUGAAAGUAUUAACAAAAUUGGCCAAGUAGUUGCAAAUGAUGAUUUAGAUGAAUUUCAAGUAAUUUUAGCAACUGAAUACUUGAAAGACAGUAAUUUAGAAGGUAAAGUAGAUAAAACAGAAGACGAUAACAUUACUAUAAACGACGAAGUAAUAGCUAAAGAUGAGAAUGACGAAGAGAUUAUUGAUUUAGACGAUUUUAUCAGCGAAAAACUAUAUUACGUUGAAGACAAUGUAGCUGAAAAUUGUGAAAGCAAUGCUACAAGUAUUCACAGAAUUGAAUCAUAUGAAGUUCCAAUAGAGUUAGAAGUUGAAUCCAACAGAUUAGAAGCUACAGAAAAAUGUGCGGAUGGUAUUAAUAUAAGCUCCGAUUCCGAGGAUGGUUACAAUUCGUCAGAUUUCGAGUUUAUAACAGAAGAAGACGCGUCCAAAGCAGGACUAAUUACUAAAUUUAAUAAAAUUACUAUCAACGAAAAUAAAACCGCUGUGAGAAUACCUAAUACAGGUAAAUUUGAGUCUCGCAAAAAUGAGGCAAGUCCAUCAGACUACAUAAAAUAUAGCAAAUAUAAAUACCGACGUUGUUACGCGCAAAGAAGUACUGAAAAUCAUACUAUACCAGAGGGUGAGCGUUACUUAUACAUGUUUCGAGGUGAAUAUGCCCCCGUGGUGCUAAAUAAUCUGCACGGUAUGGGCAAUAAGAAAUGUAUUCCUUCUGGACUUAUGACUCCUGGCACUGAAGACCCGGGUGUAGACCUGUUGUUUCGCGCUCCGGAAGAAGAAGAGCAUUAUAAACAAUAUAAGGACGAUGCAGAUGAAUGUCUCAAGAAGAUCCUUGCUACCUACCCUCAGGAGAAUAAAAAGAAGAAACGCAGACUUCGUAACGUAGACCUAGAUAAUUAUUAGACUUCUGUUGAAAUGGCCUUGUAACUUUAUGAAAUAUA